CUCACGCGGUAGGCGGAGAAUCAGAUAUUUGAGAAGGGCAACUUUUUACAUUUCUGAUCAAAACGCAUUGCAGUGAGCCUAUGUAAACAUGGCAAAUACUUCAACAAGUGGAGCUGAUCCGGCGAUGGUGGACAAGAUCGCAAAUCAUCUCAAAUCACAGGGAAUUUUUGAUCAGUUCAGGAGAGACUGCUUGGAAGAUGUGGAUACCAAGCCUGCCUAUCAGAAUCUUCGUCAAAAAGUUGAGAGCUAUGUUUCCACGUUCCUCUCCAAGGUGAAGUGGGAGCCUAAGAUGAACAAAAACCAACUUAGAGAUAGUCUUAGAAGACAAAUCAACCAGUCUGAGAUGUUAUCAACAGGUGUCGAGAGAAUUAUUGAGCAGGUCAUUGAACCCAAGAUGCAGCAUGUAUUCAGACCACAGAUAGAAAAGGUUGUGGAUGAAUUCAUGGGUCCUGGGAAAGAUAAGGAAGUAGAGAAUGUCAAGAAAGAUCUCGCAGCAACGUCUGGAUGGCAGAGUGGUUCACAUCUAACAUCAGCACCUGUUCCACCAGACCUGCCCCCAGAAGUACACACCCCAGCCCCACCACUGCCUCCAUCAGAGCCACCCGCCGCACCUCCUGAGGCCCCACCGGAGGCACCCCCUGAAGCACCCCCGGACUCUCCGCCCGAAGAACCUGAGCUUCCCUCCAAAGGUUUUUCUCUUGGAACCUCACCAAAAGUUUCCCCAGCCACCGAUGGGAGCAUCACACCAACCUUACAGUCCGGUGGCAAUACGCCUUCCUCUACAUCGAGCAAGGGGCGAGAAACACCAAACUUACUUAAGAAGUAUCCUGGAAAUUCCCCUUUAGCGUCAGCUGAUAUCAAAGGAGAUAAGAAAUUGGACUCAAUUGAAGGUGGAUUUAAAAUGACAAGCCAAACAACUAAAGCUCAAGCCAGUAAGAAUGUAAUCCUUAAAGACCAAAAUGUGAAGAAACUCCCCGGAAAGGAUGGGCUGCAAAAGUCACAACCCACCAAGAUGGUUAAAAAGGUUGAGCUAUGCUUGAAAGAAAAACCAAAACAACUAGCUGCCGGUGCAAAACUUACAGACGGUAUUAAGACUGCAGAUAAACCCAAAGUUCCUAGUCCUGGCAAACCUGCUGAUCAAAAACUCAAAACAGUUGCUGAUAUUAAAGACAAGUCGCUAUUGAAAGACAAAGAUGUGAUACUUUCUCAAGGGGCAGUUAAAAAAGAGUCACAAAAUAUGACACACCCAUUAGAAAUAAAAUCGGACAACAAAGGCUCUUCCAGUCAACUUGUUCAGGUGAAAGAGACAGAGAAUGUAAAACCAGUGGUGAUGAGUGCUCAAGAAUUUUGGAAAAAGACCCAGAAUAUUCUACCUGUUGUGGAAUCAAAUUUGAAUUCUACAUCAGACGAGCCAAAGGAUGAAACAGUGACUGACAUGGAUAUUGACAUUGCAGGAGAUGAAAACCUAGAAUUGCCAACAGGAAAUGAUGAGUCAGACGGUGAGAGCGGACUGUCGGAUAUAUCUGUGAGUUCCGUCCACACCAGUGACUUGUCCUCAUUUGAUGGAGGUAUCAGUUCUACUUCCUCAAGUUCUAGUCUCGAUUCCAGCAGUGAUGAGGAGGAGACUGGACUGAAGCUGGUCUUGAAGAAAACGAACAAAACUGCAAAUGUGUGUCCAUCAGACAGUGAUUCUGAGGCACCUUCAGAGGGUCCAUCUGAAAUGAACAUCAGUACGGACACCAGCAGGCCAGCAUCCGUCUCGUCGGAUAGAGCCUCCUCCUUAAAGAGGUCUCCUAAGGGUCAGACAGCAUCUGGAAGAGCCUUGGCUAUCAGCCGUUACCAUGGAGAUAGUGAAGAUGAAGAUUCAAGGUUGGAGAGACGAAAGAAAGCUGCCAUGGCUAAGGAGGAGAGAGCUCAAAGAAGACAGAUGGCAAAAGAGGAGAGGGAAAAGUUCAUCAGGGUGACAAGACAGAAACGGGUUAUUGAUUCGGAAAGUCUCGAAGAAUCAUCAGAUUCAAAGAAGGAUAAGCGAGAGGAGGCAGUGUCCCCGACCAAAGCCACCAAGAAGCAGCUCAAGGAGCAGAAGAUUUUAGAAAAGAAACGAGAAGUGCGACGUAGACGAUCACUGAAUAAACGCUACUUCUCUGAUGAGUUCUCCUCAUCACUGCAAGGAUUGAAGGAGACAGUAUCUCAGCUUGAACAAGAAGAAAGAGAAAACCAAGAGAACCCAUCACAGCCCGAGAUCAUUCCAUACCAGCCGUUCAUUCCCAAAGAGAAGCUUCAGUGCUUCCAUCUAGUCUACCGUGAGCGUCGGGAGCCUCAGGUCAAGUGUCAUCAUCUCCUCAACCUCGGACUCAGCGGUGAGCAGCAGAGGAAACUCAGCACCCGCAAACGCAAAGAGAGGAAAGAUUCCAAAGUUGCCAAGUUUUCAUUCAUGCAAGCCAAGGCUGCUGCAGCUGCAGGUGUCUCCGGUGAGGGCAAGCCUACUGCUGCAGAUAAACACCAGAUUGUUGCUGCUGCAGUUGUCUCUGGUGAGGGCAAGCCGACUGCUGCAGAUAAACACCAGAUUGUUGCUGCUGCAGUUGUCUCCGGUGAGGGCAAGCCGACUGCUGCAGAUAAACACCAGGUUGUUGCUGCUGCAGGUGUCUCCAGUGAGGGCAAGCCGACUGCUGCAGAUAAACACCAGGUUGUUGCUGCUGCAGGUGUCUCCGGUGAGGGCAAGCCGACUGCUGCAGAUAAACACCAGGUUGUUGCUGCUGCAGGUGUCUCCGGUGAGGGCAAGCCGACUGCUGCAGAUAAACACCAGGUUGUUGCUGCUGCAGGUGUCUCCGGUGAGGGCAAGCCGACUGCUGCAGAUAAACACCAGGUUGUUGAGAAGCAGCUGCUGCAGAAACAGAGUCAACCCCAACAGCAAGAGGUGGAACCGAAGCAUCAACUUAAACCAGAGAAGCUUGAACAACAAGAAGUACAAGAGCAGAAACAACAUCAGCAAGAUCAGGAGAAACAACAAGAACCUGUUUGUGUUCAGCAAGAAAUCAGCGAGGAGACUGUGAAACCGAAUCUACCGUCAAAAGAAACUCCUACUGAACAGUUAGAGGCUACUGAAAAACCCCUUCAAACUAUUGAACAAACUGAAGAAAUAAUUCCAACUGAUGUUAAUGAAGAUCAACAAUCCAUUGAAAUGCAGGAAAAGUUGGCUGAAAUUGUGGAGGAUGUUAAGAUAGAUGAGGAGGUACAGCCGGGUGUAAAGUUUGAGAAUGUUGGAGAAAUAAUACAUGUAAGGGUGGAAUCGGAGAAUGGGGACAAUGUGGAGAUGCAAGAAGAGCAAGAUGAAGGACAAGAUGGAGUCAAGGAGAAUGAGAAAGCAGAUGAAGGAAACCAUGAAAUAACAACUCAGCAGGAGAAACCAGAAGGAGAGCCUGUUAUAACCAGCCCAGAAUCAUCACAGGGUAUGAAGGAUGAAGCAGAUGCUAGACCGACUGUAGACGCUCUUGAUGAGGCAAAACCAGCUAAAGAUAUUUGUAGCCGAGACGAUACAAAGAAGGAUGAGACCAACCAGAUUGCUGCUACCAUUGAAAAACUGAUUGAGCAAGCAGAAACUCAACAAGAAGAAGUUGUUCCCAACACCGAUUCCAUACCCAUCCAGCAAGUCGUUGAGCCAGCUGCGGUGGAAGACGCCAAAGAGCCCCAAGAAGAGAGCACAUGCGACGACAACCCACCAACUCCCACACAAGAUGAGCCUGCUAUUUAUUCUGCGUCAGAUUCCGAGUCUGAGGAGCAAAGCGACAAAGGUUCAUCGAUACCCAUCUACACGGUCCACAGUCCGAAACACCUGCCCCUGGGGUCUAUCUUCAAGCUGAGUCAGACCUCCCUACAAGAAGCCAAACCUGUUGGCAGUAAGGUUGGUGAGGUCAGGGUACAGUCUACAGAGAGCAAUGUAUCUGGCACGGAUGAUACUAAGAACCUUUCGGAAGCAAGUCCUAAAUCUGGCAGUGAGGAUUCUCAGGGGGCUACUGAGAGCACCCAAGAGAGUCACAAACCAGAUUCCAGUGAGACUCUGACAGAGGAACCAAGCACCAGCGACAUUUCAGAACCGAACCAGCGAGAGAGUCGCUACGGGACCCGACCUAAACGCCACGCAGUCUCUCCACGGGACUCCCUUGAUGAUGAUUACCAUUACUACGGCCAAUCCAAGCGUAGACGCUACUCCCAGUCCCCCGUGUCCCAGGAAGAGCCGGUCAAGACAGGGCGAUCUGUCACCAGGAGAAUGUCUUCAGAUAGCGGUAAGUCCGAAGGAACCACUCGGGAGACGCCAGACAAACCCACGCGUCCUUCUCGCCAGCGGCACAUUUCACCACCCCACCGAUACUCUCCGAGUGACACCAGGUCCUCCCAGAGAAGGGCCUCAACGUCAUCACCACACCCACCCGCAGCUCCUAGUGCGUCUACAAAACCAAGUAGGCGUGGCUCCUCACCUUCUUCCCAUGAGCACUUCACUAGACGCUCUUCCUCUAGAGAGGAGGUGAAGCGUGGUAAUCGCUAUUCCGAUAUGUAUUAUUACAAUGAUCGCGGAGCCCGCAAUCAACCUUCAACGAGGGACAGGGGAAGAGCUGCAGAAGCUGUCAGUAGCCGUCGCUCGUCUCGGAGAUCAGUAGAUGAUAGAACAGGCAGUCAGACUAAACGAAGGAAGUAGUGAUUACAAUGUAUACAUUUAUGUCUUAAACAUUUACUCUUGUGGGUUGGGAUGGGUUUUGCAAUAAGACAUUUGCGUGUUUGAUUUGAAUAUUGUCUGGUACGAUGACGUGCUUUAUCAGAAGUUAGGCUUAUAUUUAAAUUCCUCAGACUAGAGACAGCGGCUAUGUGACUUGAUUCGGGGCAAGCUUUUCUGUAGUUACGUAAGAGACGGUGAACACCCAUAAACAAUUCUGAAUGAAUGUGUAUGGCACAUCUAGAGGUUACUACACAAAGCUUGCCCCCGAACCAUUUGACAUAGCAACUGUCUCUGUAGUCUGAGGAAUUCAAAUGUAAGCGGUACAUUGUGACUAAGCAAGUCAUUGUACCAGACAUUAGUUAAAUCCAACUUGCGAAUGGCUUUGGCAAGAAGCAAAUUGUGUAUAGUUUUUGAGGCAUCGCAUGGUUAGUCAUCAAUGUAUUCAGUUUGCGGUAACACCAUGUGCGUAUCUACUUUGCUGCGUACAUUUAAUUAUACUGCCGUGGAGUAGAUUAUGUUUGUCAGACCCUUAUCACCAGUGAUUCAACCGCACCUUGAGCAUUCUGCCAAUUGUUUGUCCAACGACGUCAUCUUGACAUUCAAGAUUACAUAUUUAUCAAUAAAAUGCAUGGACUGUUUCGAAAAAAGCACAAGUAAUAAUUCAAGAAAUGUAUUGGAAAGAAGCUCAACACUGUUGGUGGCGUGCCAUCAGAUCUUUUUUCAUGUUGUGAAAUUUUACAAGUUAAGAAUUACUGUUAAAUAAAAUAGCAAUUGGAUCAAUAUCACUGCAGAUGAAUAUUUAACCGAUGUAACAGUUAAUCUUCUACUUAGCAGGACCCAAUUUCAUGGAAAUAGGUGAACACAAAACAAUUUGAUUUCUUUAACAAUUUGAACAGAAAUGUGACAAUCCAAAUACCAUGUCAUUUGUAGACUGCUGAAAAACCACUCCCAACACUUGAAAAUCUUGAAGAAGUUGUUCCGUCUGAUGUCAAUGAAGAUCAGCAAUCUAUUUAAAUAAAAGCAAAAAUUGUUAAAUUUUCCAAGUUAAGAAUCCUGUGAAAUAAAAUAGCCAUUGAACCAUAACACUGUAGAUGGAAACUUAACUGGUGUUAAAUUCAACUUCCAUUGGGUUCUCUUUAUGUUUCAUAUCUAUUCCUAACGGAAAAUUUGGGAAAGAACACCCAAUCUUGAUUUUGCAAGUGGAAAGAAUUAUUCCUUGGAAGGUUGAGUACGAUUGUUAAUUGAAAAAUUAUGUUUUCACUUCACCGGCAAACUUAUUGUUAGUUUUAACUUUUGCCAAAUUAUAAACAACAUAAGAAGUGAAAUACCAGUUGUGAAAAUGUUGUGUUCAAUGGAACAGUUCCCUUUUAAAAAAUAAAUUUAUUUAUUAAAACGAAUUUGUCCUCGAUACUGGAGUGAAUGAUGCACCACUCUGUUAAUGGGAAGUUUGAUUCACUUUCAAUUAUCAAUUAUAUGAGCUCCACGCAUUUCUUUGCUUAGGAAUGAAAUUUACUAAGCAAUUUUGUUUUGCUUAACAGCUUUAUGAAUUUGGGCCCAGAUCACUGUUCAACUACCAUGUUUAUGUAGUUAAUAUUGAGUAGAUACAAUUUGUUUUGAUAUGCAUACCAAACAUUUUGUGUCUAAACUUUACUACGACAGACAAAUCCUUUAUUUUAGAUCAACACUAAGGUAUCAAAGGUGGUGCACUGACUUUGGGUAGACAGGACAGGUACCAGGAGCACCAAUGCCAAGACCAAUGCAAUAAUGCUCCUCUGUCUUGUCCCCUUAAAGGCACUGGACACUAUUGGUAAUUACUCAAAAUAAUUGUUCGCAUAAAAACUUACUCAGUAUCAGGCA